AUGCACAGAAUGGAGAGAACUCGGUUCUUCCUCAUUUUGCUGUUACACUCUUGUAUGGCUAGCUUAACUGGUGUUGUGGUAGCAGCACAAAGAAACAAUGUCGACACAGACCAGACAGCUCUUCUUGCUCUUAAAGUUCACAUAACAAGUGAUCCUCAGAAGAUCAUGGCUAACUGGUCCAUCGCCACCUCAGUCUGCAACUGGGUUGGCAUUACUUGUGGUGCUCGUCACCUUCGAGUGGUGGCCUUGAAUAUCUCUUACUUUGGUCUCACAAACACCAUUCCUCCAGAGCUAGGAAAUCUGUCAUUUCUCGUUCAACUGGACUUCACCAAUAACAGUUUUCAUGGCACUUUGCCUACGGUGUUGUCUCGCUUGCAUCGAUUGAAGCUGAUAAGUUUUGGAUACAACAACUUUAUUGGCAGUGUACCGAGAGAAAUCGGGAACUUAACGAUGCUGAAGGAGAUAAUCCUUGAAGGUAACAACUUCAAAGGAAUUCCGAACGAUGCACUAACUGGUCCUUUGCCUGUUGCUGUCAAACUAAAGAUAGACCUUCUGAUAUUUCCUUUACUAUAG